AUGUCUAGCCACAGCAAAGCGGGCAUGGCGCUGGAGAAAGGAGGUGCCAGGUGCCACCACAAAGUUCUCCGUGAUAACAUCCAAGGCUUCAUCAACCCAUCCAUCUGCCACCUGGCUCGCCAUGGCAGCAUGAAGCACAUCUCCAGCCUCAUCUAUAAGGAGACACACGAGGUGCUGAAGGGCUUUCUGGAGAACAUGAUCCGUGACACCGUCACCUACACCGAGCAUGCCAAGCGCAAGACUGUGACCCCCAUGGAUGUGGUCUACGCGUUGAAGUACCAGGGCCGCAGCUUGAUUCAGUGGCUAAACUUUCAGUAUCAAAUCCUCUUGUAUCGCACAAUGGCAGAGAGUAGAUGCUGA